CGUAGUUGCAUGCUAUACCUCAUCCAAUUGCUCGUCUUGAUCCUUGCUGCGAAUACACACGCUCCUUGAUUUGCAAAGCCUGGUUCGGCAGACUCUCACUUGACAUCGCGAUCGACACCUUCGCGCUUCCUCCCAUCGAGUAAAGGUUUCAGUCUCAGUCUCAUCUGAGCGAGCUUGCCUGCACGGCAUGCGAGCCAGCUAGUCAACAGGGCCACCACACUUCACAAUGUCAGAACGCUUACUUUCGGAGCUCGCUUUGCUCUCUUCAGAGUCGAAGCGCAAGCAUCCUGACGUGCGAGCCGCCGCAGAUGCAGCACUGAAUGCUUUGAAAUCAGACCAGACGGCGACUCUUGCCGCAGCGAAAUCGGAGUCGAUCCGGGCAUAUGACAAUGUGCUGCUCAGGCCGCUUUUGUUAUCUUGUGCUCCCAAGACGGCUCCCAAGGUGACCAGUAUCGCUGUAGGCAUGAUUCAGCGGGUGGUAGAUUUGAAGGCGAUUCCAGAGUCGGCGCUCGUGGAAUUAAUAGACACUCUGACAGGCCUGGUACAGACGAGGCAAGACGUCGAUGUGCACCUCAAGGCUUUACAAGUUGUCGCUUCGCUGGUCACUUCCUAUCCGAACAUUCACGACGACUCACUCUCAAAGACGUUGUUGAUAUGCUUCCAGAUGCGGGAAAAUAGCAAGGUGACGGCAGUAUACACUGCUGCAGGCGCCACGCUGAGUCAGGUCGUCAUGACCGUCUUCGAUAAGGUCAAAGAGGAGGACGCAAUUCUGGAUGGCAUCAAGGAGGGAGGAGAAGAUGCUGCUGCCGUCGCACCUUUGGCAGCGAUGACGGUUCCGGUGCCAGGAAGCGAUGGCAUCACCCUCUUCCCGAGUUCAAAAGACGCAUACAGGCUCUUGAGCGAUCUAAACGCCCUCGCAAGCGGCGACGAGGCACCUUUCCUUGGGCUGGCAUCGUUGCCACGCACAUUCGCCUUGGAACUCAUCGAGUCAAUUCUGAAGAAUCACGCGUAUCUUUUCAAGCCGGCAAAUCAUCCAGAGCUGCUGUUGAACCUGCGUCAGUCAAUCUGUCCAUUGCUCAUCAGAGCGCUCAGCGAGCGACCAGACUUUCCAGUCACCUUACGGCUAGUGCGCCUGCUAUUUGUGCUUCUUCGACAAUUCAACUCAGAGCUCAAAGUGGAGGUCGAGAUAUUGAUGAGCAUUCUGCAGCGACUUCUGUCUCAAGCGUCAUCCCAGGGGAACCCAGCUGCUCCAAAGGAUGUUCGGAGGUCGAGCGCCGAAGGCCAGCAAGCGAGUCCCGCCUGGCUCCGUAUCCUCGCAAUGGAAGCGGCUCGGGGCCUCUGCUCUGAUGGUGAGCUUUUACGCAAUUUGUGGCGCUGGUACGAUGGAACGCAAGCAGCUUCGCGCGUCUUCAUGGGUCUUGUGGAAAGUCUGCACCACAUCAGCGUGGAGAACCCACAACUCAUAGGUAUGGCAGAAGCGGCGCAUCAACUUUCAGAUGAGGACAGCAGCAAGGGUCAUGUGCACACCAAAACAGCAAGUAGCCAGGUUGGCUUCUACAAUGCUGCAGCAGGUGCUGUGAGCGGCCUGCUUGGAACCGACUUGAGUUCCUCCUCCUCAAGCGCGUCAUCGUCAGGUUUGAGUCACGGGAGCGUUCCCUCUCUGCAAUUACUGGAUCAGCUGGACAAGACUGAGCCACCAGCCGCUCCCAACACAUAUCUUUACUUGCUGGCCUUGCAGAGCUUGGUCUGUCUUUCCCAAACGCUAGCCGCUUUCGUCUUGCCUGUCUACUCGGCAUCUGUCAACUCGCGGCCCAAGAGCGCGUCUCGCGCACCACCAGCACUGGAUCUUGCAGCAUACAGUGGUCCCAAACUGGCCGAGCUACAGCUGGUGUGCGACAUCAUCAGCAAGGCAUGGUCACCAAUUUUGUCAAGUUUCACCUUCUUCCUCGGCUCGCGCAUGGACGAGGCCCUCUUCAGUGAAGUUCUGGUCGCUUGGCGCAACUUUACUAACACGACAGGGGUGCUGGCCCUUUCCGCCCAGCGCGACGCCUUGUUGACGAGUUUGGCGCACUUCGCUGUGCCUAGAUCGGUCGUCAACAGGGUCGAAGAGCAUCGCAAAGCAAUGGCUCGAGCAGGUGCCAACGAGGAUUCAUCCACGAGCGCACCCACGCUGAGUGAGCGCAACGCUGCCUGCCUUAAAGCAUUCACCCAAGUUGCAUACUACUUGUCUGGCUCCUUGACUUGGAAAAGUGUGGUCUCUGUCCUGUGCGAUGCAGAAUUCGUCUUACGCGCACCGCGAGCCAGGCGCUCCAAGAACGAGGGUCUCAGGGAGCAUCAGGGCGACACCGACGCGUUGUACUCACCUCGAGCCAGCAUGGCAUCUUUUUCGGCCCUGUCGUCUAUACCUCCCGGUUUCACCUCAGCAAGCGCCCUCGAUCCAAAAACAAGAAGAGCAGCAGCCAUGAGCAAUCUUGAUCCUGAGCAUUUGCUUGCUGAGAUUACUCGCGUGUUCGAAAAUUCGCAUGCACUCGACGACGCGGCAUUGCUCGCGUUCAUCGAAGCUCUGUGCGAACUUUGCGCACGCACUGUCGGCUUGCGAACACCGCUGUCAUCUCAGGCGAACGCUGGACAAAAUCUGCGAGCUGCUUCUCGGCUCAAUCUCAAUGGCAGAAGCUUUGCAUUGGCCAACCUAGAAGCCGUAGUGCUGCAGAAUACGCCUCGGUUAGCGCAUUCGGAUCCAGCCUCAGGUUGGGAUAUCAGCACGAGUCUUUACUUGUCUGUUCUGAACGAUCAAUUGUUGGGGACCACGAUUCGACUCCAAGCUGCUGAAGCAUUGGACGCUUUCCUGUUUGCCGCGAUGGCGACCAUACCCGCGUCUGCAGAGGCCUCAACGACUUCCGCAUCGGCCAACCAAGACGACUACCCAUCACGAAUAACACGCCAGGUCAUCGAUGGCCUGGCAAAGCAAGCGAUCUUGAGCCACAAAAGAGAGAGCGCAGCAGACCUUGACAUCCGGCGCACUGGUCUGGAUACGCUUCUCCGCAUGCUCGAGGCACACGGACACGGCCUUCGUCUUGGCUGGGAAACCAUCUUUGAGAUGUGCAGCGCUACUUGCGGUCACCAAAACGCGGGGAGCACAUCUCUGGAAGACGCUGACAGGCCUCCAGAGCUACCCAAAAAGUCUACUGUACCCCUCAUAAAAGCUGCCUUCCCGAGCUUGCAGUUGGUCUGCUCUGACUUGCUGGCGCUGCUGACGCUUCCGCAGCUGGAGAUAAGCAUAGGAUGCUUGACAACCUUCAGCACGCAACAUGAGGAAGUCAAUGUCGCCUUGACUGCCAACAAUACUCUGUGGGGCAUCACUGCGGAGCUCUCCGCGCGUGGCGAGAGAGCUGCAGGAGAUGGGACUAUUCCGGACGAACUGACGGCACAAUGGAUCUUCUUGCUGCGAUCGCUUUUGCGCGUUUCGCGCGACGAUCGGUCGGAGGUCCGCAACGGUGCCAUCGUCAAUCUGUUUCGCGUCCUCGAGCAGUAUGGUUCAGUGCUGACUCCGACAACGUGGUCUCAAGCAGUGAUGGCUGAGGUGGUGUACACCUUGUUUGACGACUUGGACGCGGAGACCAAGCGACUUGCUGAGCUCUCGGACUCGAUUGAAAAGGCAAAAGUCGAUCAGGCUGAUGAGACGGCGGCAACAAUGGGCACUCUCCCAUCCAUAAAGAAGCAAUGGGACGAGAGCCGAGUUCUGGCUCUGGGAAAUUUUGGAAGGGUGCUUUCUCAGUUCCUCGUUUCGAAAAUUGCCGCUGUUGGUCAAGCAGACUUUCAGCCCAUAUGGACCCGAGCCUUGAGUCUACUACGAACAAAUUUUCUGGCGGGCCCGAGUGCAAUUUCACAGGCUGCUGCAGAGGCUUGGGUCCUCGCGGCUAGCGUGCCACUGCCGCCCAAAAGUGAGGCGAGGUUAACGGAAGUCUUGCUGUACGCCAAGAGCGCUGCCUGGCAGGUUUGGGCUGCGGCGGGCGACUCUAUCCGUCCUGCACCGACGGUCUCUACCUUUACGCAAGCCAAUUUGCUCGCUUAUCUGCACGUACUGACACCGAUUUACGCGAACAUCGGAAAGACAUUCGAUCUGGAGCAGCAUGGGAAGCUGCUCGACGUUCUGAUGGCUUGCGUCACCUACAACGAAAGCCCAGAUCAUACCCAAGACAUCGACGCGCUCACUCCGCUUCAGACGCUCGUGCGUCAGACGAUCAAAUCUCUCAACAUGGUGCCGGGACUUGCAUCUCGAAUCUUGUCGGAUCUUGCCGAGUACUCUACGCUCGCUUUCACACUGGGCACAAGCCCAUUGCGAGAAAACUCAGCGUUUGCUAACAAACGUUCCAGCCAGCUAACAUUCGUCGCGUGGUGCAAAGCUGCUACCGAGGAUGCUCUCAGCACCUUCUCGCGCUUCUCAUCCAGUCAAGAAAUUUUUGCGAGUGGAGCUCUCGAGAACGUGUUCAGUCGUUUGCUGGUACCUAUCAAGCUCAAGUAUGAGUGUCCGCCUGCAAGCCGACAUGCGAAGCCUCGGGCUGCGCCGCUCUGGCAGACGGCCACGAUCACGUUCUGCCGCAUCGCUCAAGGCACAUGCUUGGCGUUGAGGCGCGAGGGUGGCGCGCUCUCUGAUCAAGCGGUCCAUGGUAUCUGGAAACAUAUGCUUGCAACAUUUGAAGGCGCCUUUGACGCGGAUUGUUCAGCUGCCCGCCUUUUGUCCACGACCGAAGCCGCAGAGCACGAAAGCGUCGACUUGGUCCUUCUCAGCACUCUAGAAGUCGAUGUGCUACCGUUCCUCGGUGAUGCUCGUGUGCCUGCAUCUCUGAUUGCAAGUCUGGCAUUUGGCUUGGCUCGAGCGUCCAGCCUUUACGAGCUGGAUCGCGACCUAGCGGCACCUUACAGCGCUCGGACAGAUAGCGCCUUGCUAUCUGCCUCUCACCUUCAUGCGGAGAACGGCGCAUGGGCUGACGUGCCGCCCGAAGGAACCGUGGCGCCCAUCAUUGGUACGCCGCGCGAGCAUUUCGCGUACUGGGCAUUUGAUCUCCUUUUCCUGAUGUGCUCGAAUGGAUGGCAAGAUCGAGUGGAGGAGCGCAAACGCGUGGCAACCUUGGCGUUACCCGCUCUCAUGAAAAGGACGUCGCUGGCGCUUCAGUCUUUUGCUGCGAACGCGCCUCUUCGAGGCAGCUCACCACCUCCACGGAUACAGUCAGAGGAGCUGUCUUACGUCUUGAGCUCCAUGUUGGAUCUGCAUCUGUGGCCCGGUAGCUUGUUGGCUGCAAAGACUUCGUCAGAACGCAACAGUCAGAGUUCUGACACCAUGGAGCCCACUUUGCGCUCAUUGGCGCUCUCCAGCCCUCGAGCGCACUUAUUCAACAUAUACCCCACACUGAUUUCGCUACUGACGCAGCAGGCGUCCGCCAUAGGAAUGCCCGGGCUGGGAUCCGUAGCAGCUGCGGGCACCUCGCAGCCGUUAGAGGGGAUCAGGGAGGUGGCCGUGCCUGAAGGACUUUCACUGGGACGCAUUGGCAGGGCUAACCCUCUGCAAAGUCCCAGACUUGAUAGAGAGGGGCCGCAAGAGCACUCUGCGUUGCUCAAGGCUUGUCUCGAUGUGGUUGGGGCGACUUGGUCCACGUAAUGGUGACGGUUAAUCUAAUGCGAAGAAGGAUCGGGCUGAAAUGCUCGACUAAUACACCUAGUACGGCAUGAUGCACCACAGACGCUCGAACACUUUCAAACCCUCCGCAGGGGCUCAUCUUGCGCGCACGCUCUAGCCUCACAGGAAUUUCCGUCGAUCGGGUGCACAUCUUGUCCUUUCGUCAUUGCUUUUGUACGCUCAAAAGAAGAGUCGCUGUGACGUAAGAGUAAUAAGGUACCUUGUCAGCUACGCGCCUCUUUGCGAUCACCGGGACAGACUUACGAAGGGAUACGAAGGACUGAAAGAAGCCGAGUGUGGCAAGAGGCGUAGUUUGGCACGUCAGCAGCCUGUAUGCUAGGUCCACACAGAGGCGGCACAUCCGGAGAGGCAUCUCCAUAACUAC